GGUCUUCUUGCCAAUUGUUUUUGAUUGGUUAUUGAUAUUUACAUUUUUUACAAUUAUGUAGCUUAUAUUUUUAUUAUUUUAUUUUAUAUUUAUUUAUACAAUGCCGCUCGAUUACAGUAAUCCAGACGUACUAAAAUUUUUAAUUGAAAAUUUUGUUAAAGAAAAUGAGAAACGUGUUAGUUGGUUUAUGAGAAAUAAAGAAAAAAUUGUUGAUGCUGCUAAAUUCAAAGAAGAUUAUAAGGAUUACCGUGCAGAAGAUAUUAACAGAGCUUUUAUAGAACUACCUUUGCCAGCCUUAUCUUGCCAACACGCUGAAAAUCUUUGUAAUCGCAGAUUAAAACCACUUAGAGAUGGCCCUAUUUUAGGUACUAAUACAACCAUAAACAGGGCUUUAAAACACCGUGAAAUACCUGAACAAAUGAUAACGGAACUACUAUCUGAUGCUGUAAUGAAACCAGUGGAACAAGAUAUUACUAAAAUACUUUUUGAAGGAAUUCCUUAUGGUGGACGCCGUGAAUAUUUAAAGGCGAGGUGUCGUAAAUUACCUAAAGAAAGGUUCUACUUAGACCAAACUACUAAUCAUGAGAUUGGCUGGCAAGUGAACGAGGCAACAGAAAUAGAUGGAACAUUGAGGCAUGGCCGACAUUGUACUUUGAUGCGGGAACUUAAUAAUCGCACGGGACCGCAACCAGACCCGCGUUACUAUCAAUUACCUUUACUAAAUCCUUACAUUAAGUGCUUUAAUACAUGAAAAACUAUACCUAAUACAUAAAAUUCUUAAUAUCCAUAUGCCAUACAUUAUGUAUUAGGUACCUUCUAAAUACUAAAUACGUAGGUCCCGCUUGUAAGAGUUUUUUGAAACACAAGUCAUAAAAUAUAAUAACCGUCACUCAGAA